AUGUUGAUUUUUGCGACGGUCUUCGCCGUUUUUUAUAUCAGUGCUGCAAGUACUUUAAAAAAGUGUGAUGACUGUAUUCCUAUAAAUCAAUGUGGGCCCGCGUUGCAGCGGGUUCUUGUCGACAGAAGUCCGGAAACAAAGAGGCUAGUGAGAAACGCUUAUUGUGGUCAUGAUAAAUUACCGAAGAUUUGCUGCUCAGAGUUUGACAUAACGCCCUCUAUUCUUCAAAGGAACAAUGAAUAUGAUGAUAGUGAUGAUAUCGAAGAUCAUCCCAAUGUCAAGCUUCUAUCGGAAGAUUGCGGUGAAAUUGAAGGAAAUCGCAUUUUUGGUGGAAGUACAGCCUCUCUGUACGAGUUUCCUUGGAUGGUUCUUAUCUCUUACAGAGUUGGACGGUCAUUGAGGUUCGCAUGUGGAGGUACCUUAAUAAAUUCAAAAUAUGUAUUAACGGCAGCACACUGCGUCAAGAACAAGAACAUCGCCGGGGUCAGAGUUGGGGAAUAUGAUAUCAGUACACGUAUUGACUGUACAGGAGAAGGAGAAAUUCGUGUUUGUGAAGAUAGAAUUCAGGAUAGACGUGUUGCAGAAAUCAUCUGUCAUGAUGAAUAUGAUGUCGUUGGAAUGGCGAUGAACGAUAUUGCUUUACUUCGCCUGAGUCGACCCGUCGACUUAACUUAUAGUAAGUUUUUAAGAACAAUAUGUCUGCCAGUUAUGAAAAGCUUACGUGAAAUGGAUUUAUAUGGUGAAACAGCUACAGUUGCCGGUUGGGGCACUACUGAGAAUAAUCAAAAUUCUGAUGUUCUACUUAAAGUUGAAAUACCCAUAUUCUCUCCCGAAACAUGUGGAGCUUAUUAUAACAGAAAUCAAAGAACUGAUCCUACUGGCAAGUUGAGACAUAGACUAUGUGCCGGCGAGACCGGUCGAGAUUCGUGCCAAGGCGACUCCGGCGGUCCCCUCAUGCUUGAAGGUGAAUACAAUGGCACGGACAGAUAUAUCCAAUUUGGUAUCGUGUCUUACGGUCCGUGGCAGUGUGGUUUAAAUGCCCCAGCCAUAUACACAGAUGUCAGAAAGUAUAUGAAAUGGAUUUUAGAUACUAUCAAACCAUAG